AGCAAAGAAAGACACCAGACCAAACCUCCAGAGCUCUCUCAAACCAUUAGAAUCUCACCAGGGAAAGCUUUACCUCGUCUAAAGGAUGUCUUCAGGGUCAUCGUCGCGGAGCACCUCGCCGAGCUCAGACUCGGGGUGGAGCAAGAAGGAGAACAAGAUGUUUGAGGAGGCGCUGGCCUACUACGGCGAGGGCGCCCCCAACCUCUGGGAGAAGGUGGCCAGCGCCAUGGGGGGCACCAAGUCCGCCGAGGAGGUGCGCCGCCACUUCCAGAUCCUCAUCGACGACGUCAACAACAUCGAGUAUGGCCGCAUCCCCUUCCCCAAGUACAAGACCCAGGGCUUCUGGACCUAAAAGGAUGAAGCAGUGUAAGCUCUGGUGGACAGUGAACACAGUUGUACAAAUUAGAUCUCUUAGGAAGCAAGCAAUCCAGCAUUGGUUAGAAUAACAGGAGGAAAUGGAAUAUUGUCUAUUGUAUGUACAAAGUAGUAUUAUUAGGUUAUGUACAAGGUUAAGUCUGUCGCUAUGUUGUUGUAGAUUCUCGUCUACAUUCAUGAAGUACAAGUUGUCUGUUAGAUUAUAUUGGCAUAUCUCUAUAUUUUGUAGAACAAGAUUUGUAAUUCAUCUCCUAAUAACUUAUCCCUGGGAGGCUUCUUUUCCUCGAUGUCCUCUACAUGUAUAUAUACUGCUCCAGGAGCGCUCAAUACUAUACUCGCCCAGGAGACUCAGU